ACACACACACACACACACACACACUCAUGUCUUUACCCGUGUUUGAUAAAGUCAGAAACUCCAUAGAAGCCUUGGAUGAGAAGACGAGAGAAAGCUUGGUGAAAGAAGUAAAAGGGAUAUUCGAGUUCCAUAUUAAAGACUGUAACGAUACGCCCAGCAUAUAUACCCUUGAUUUGAAAAACAAUCAGGGAUCAGUCCUGCAAGGUAAAGGUUCCGAUAAAGCAGACACUGUCAUCAUGAUUGCCGACCAAGACUUUGUGAGUCUUGCCGGAGGAAAACUAAGCGGUAAAGUGUGUGUGUGUGUGUGUGCGUGAUUACUACAUCUGUUACAUAUUAAAUAUAAAAUAAACAAAAAAAGGUCAGAAAGCUUAUACACUGGUUUCUUAAACCUGUGAGUUAAUCAAGCCAGAGAGCUAAAGAUGAGAUGUCAUUUUGUUUCGCCUGAUAGACCUGAUCCAAUCAAAAAGAUGGUGAGGGUUCCGGGUCUUUAAUGUAGACGUAAAAAAGCGCCUACAGAAAGCUCAUUAUGUAAAAUGUCAUGGAAUCAUGAUAUUGUUGCUAUUGGACAAGACAGUUCAACGGGAUGAAUACCGUACUGAUGCAUUCUAUUACUAGAAAGAUAGCGUGUAUAUUUUACAAAAAAAUAAUAAUAAAAAAAGAUAAGAUAUAACGGUAACACCAAUACCCAUCCCUUA